UUGCAGGGAAGAGACCCAGACUGUGUCCCUGGGUGAGUGGGGAGCCUCUUCCUGUGCAAAGGGAGGCAGAGGAUACUCAUGCUGGAGAAGGAAGAGAUACCUGCAAAGUCCUAAUCCAGGUUCAAUCUUCUGAGUCCUGGGAGGGGGAGAGCCCAGAUCCCAUAUUCCCCUGCCACCCCUUUCCAUGCACAUAACAGCCAGGGGGAAAGAAGAGCUCCAGACCAGCUGUGUUGCCCCCAGCAACAAAUCCAGGAUGCCCAGGAAGGAGGAGGGGAUCUGGGGGAGCCCUUUACUCCUCAUUUCAUGGGAAAAGCCCCUGAGUGGGGGAGGGGGAGAGUUUGCAUUGCAAAUCUCAAGCAGGAAAGAAGAAAAGCUUUGCAAGGAAGGAGAUGCAAAAGAUUGUGCCUCCAUUCUCACCAUGUGCUGGAUGAGGCUAAAAGGGGGUUGGAUCCUCUGCAGUUCAACAUGUCUUAGGAGGAUAUACUAACUGAAAGCCAUUUGAACAUCCUUGCAUACAGACAAAAUUAUCUCUUGGGCAAAGAGGUCUGAAUGACCUGCUGUGGCCAUUCCUGCAGCGACAGGAACAGUCCUGUGAAUUUGAAUGAAAAGGCGUUUGGAGAUCCACAAGAUUCCUUGGACCCAUUUGGAGUUGUGCUACAGGACAGGGAAAGAAUGGAGACCCAACCUUCAGGACGUGAAUUAACUGGAAAAGGCCCUUCUGCUGUUCAGCCUGGGAGCUGUGGUGAGUUCUGGGCAAGAACUGGGCAGAAGAUCCUGGAGGAGGAAACCAUCCGUUCAGAAGGUCAGCCCUGGGACUUCAGGAGCAUCCGAUAUCAGGAGGCUGAGGGUCCCCGAGGACUUUGCAGCCAGCUCCACUACUUUUGCAGUCGAUGGUUGAGACCGGACAAGCACACAAAAGCGCAGAUGCUGGACCUGGUUGUCCUGGAGCAGUUCCUGGCCCUCCUACCCCUGCAGAUGGAGAGCUGGGUGCGGGAGUGUGGAGCAGAGACCAGUUCCCAGGCGGUGGCCCUGGUGGAAGGCUUCCUCCUGAGCCAGGCGGAGGAGCAGAAGGAGCAGGUCGAGUUGCAGCCCUUUGCUGUGGAGAUCAGUGAUGCUGAGGGAAGGAGGAAUCGAUCAAAUCCCCCUCAGGAGCUGUUUUUCAGGAGUUUCUCUCUGGAAGAUCCAAAUCAGGACACCUCAGGAGGGAAAAAUAGAAUGAAGUUGACUGUUCCCUAUGGUGGAGCUGGAACAGUGGUUGAACCUCCAACUCCAGAGGGCCUUGUGUCCUUCGAAGAGGUGGCUGUGUGUUUCUCCGAGGAGGAGUGGUCUCAACUGGAUCCUCACCAAAAAGCACUGCAUUGGGAAGUCACGCUGGAAAAUUGUAGGAACGUGGCCUCUCUGGGUAAUAAUGAGCAGGAAAAUAAAGAUUCCAGUGAACCAUCCCAAUUGAUCAGGUAUGGACACGGAACAGAGAAGCCUGCAAUUCACAUGGAACCAGGAAGGCAUGAGAGAAACCACUCAGAUAAUUGGAAUAAGGAAAGCUCAUCUUCCGUUGAUGCUCAGAUGCAAGAGUUUCCUGCGCAAGAAGGAAAAGAAAAGAAAAAAUAUACUGGGAAAUGUGUAAGACUUUUCAAAGACAAAUUAGAUGCAAAUGAACACUAUCCAACCCAAACCAAAGGAGAAGAUUAUAUAUGCCAAGACAAUGGAAAGAAUUGCAAUUGGACUUUCCUUCUUUCUUGUGAAAAUGGGUCCCUUAUAUCUGAUAAAAGGAUCCACACAGGAGAGAAGCCAUAUAAAUGCAUGGAGUGUGGAAAGACCUUAACACACAGUAGUCAACUUACUCGCCAUCAAUGGAGCCACCCAGGGGAGAAUCCACAUAAAUGCAUGGAGUGUGGAAAGGGGUUCAGCCAACUCAGAAAUCUCACUUCCCAUAACUGGAUCCACACAGGUGAGAAGCCAUUUAAAUGCAUGGAGUGUGGAAAGAGCUUCAGUCAUAAUGGCUCCCUUACUUUCCAUAAAAGGAUCCACACAGGGGAGAAGCCAUAUAAAUGUAUGGAGUGUGGAAAGACCUUUAUUCAGAGUAGUGAACUUACUCGCCAUAAAAGGAUCCACACAGGGGAAAGGCCAUAUAAAUGCAUGGAGUGUGGAAAGACCUUUAUUCAGAGCAGUCAACUUUCUUGCCAUAAAAGGAUCCACACAGGGGAGAAGCCAUAUAAAUGCAUGGAGUGUGGAAAAGGCUUCAGCCAUCUCAGAAAUCUUACUUCCCAUAACUGGAUCCACACAGGGGAGAGGCCAUAUAAAUGCAUGGAGUGUGGAAAGACCUUUAUUCAGAGCAAUCAGCUUACUUCCCAUAGAAGAAUCCACACAGGGGAGAAGCCAUAUAAAUGCAUGGAGUGUGGAAAGAGCUUCAGGCAUAGUGGUUCCCUUACUUUCCAUAAAAGGAUCCACACAGGGGAGAAGCCCUAUAAAUGCAUGGAGUGUGGAAAGGGCUUCAGUCAACUCACAAAUCUUACUUCCCAUAACUGGAUCCACAGAGGGGAGAAGCCAUAUAAAUGCAUGGAGUGUGGAAAAAGUUUCAUUGAGAGCCGCUCCCUUACAUCUCAUAAAAGGAUCCACACAGGAGAGAAGCCAUAUAGUUGCAUUGAGUGUGGAAAGGGCUUCUAUCACAGGCGUUCCUUUACUUUCCAUAAAAGGAUCCACACAGGGGAGAAGCCAUAUAAAUGCAUGGAGUGUGGAAAGGGCUUCUGUGACAAUGCAUCCCUUAUGAGGCAUAGAAGGAGCCACACAGGGGAGAAGCCAUAUAAAUGCAUGGAAUGUGGAAAAGGCUUUUGUGAAAGGCGGUCCUUUAAUUCCCAUAAAAGGAUCCACACAGGGGAGAAGCCAUAUAAAUGCAUGGAGUGUGGAAAGGGUUUCUGUGACAAUAUAUCCCUUAUGAGGCAUACAAGGAUCCACACAGGGGAGAAGCCAUAUAAAUGCAUGGAGUGUGGAAAGGGCUUCAGCCAACUGAGUAAUCUUACUUCCCAUAAAAGAAUCCACACAGUGGGGAAGCCAUAUAAGUGCACGGAGUGUGGAAAGACUUUUACUCAUAGGAGCCAACUUACUCUCCAUAAAUGGAUCCACACAGUAGAGAAGCCAUAUAAAUGCAAUGAGUGUGGAAAGGGCUUUUCUCAGAAGGGUAAUUUUAAUUCCCAUAAAAGGAUCCACACAGGGGAGAAGCCAUAUAAAUGCAUGGAGUGUGGAAAGGGCUUCUGUGAAAGGCGUUCCUUUACUUCCCAUAAAAGGAUCCACACAGGGGAAAAGCCAUAUAAAUGCAUGGAGUGUGGAAAGACUUUUACUCAUAGGAGUCAAAUUACUCUCCAUAAAUGGAUCCACACAGUAGAGAAGCCAUAUAAAUGCAAUGAGUGUGGAAAGGGCUUUUCUCAGAAGGGUAAUUUAAAUUCCCAUAAAAGGAUCCACACAGGGGAGAAGCCAUAUAAAUGCACGGAGUGUGGAAAGAGCUUCAGUCAUAGUGGUUCCCUUACUUUCCAUAAAAGGAUUCACACAGGGGAGAAGCCAUAUAAAUGCAUGGAAUGUGGAAAGAGUUUUACCCAUAACAGUAAUCUUACUUCUCAUAAAAGAAUCCACACAGGGGAGAAGCCAUAUAAAUGCAUGGAGUGUGGAAAGGGCUUCUGUGAAAAUGGAUCACUUAUGAAACAUAAAAGGAUCCACACAGGGGAGAAGCCAUAUAAAUGUGUGGAGUGCGGAAAGACCUUUAUUCAGAGUAGUCAACUUACGUCCCAUAAAAGGAUCCACACAGGGGAGAAACCAUAUAAAUGUGCGGAGUGUGGAAAGAGCUUCAGUGAAAAUGGGUCCCUUACAUCUCAUAAAAGGAUCCACAUAGGAGAGAAGCCAUACAAGUGCACGGAGUGUGGAAAGACUUUUACUUGUAGGAGUCAACUUACUCUCCAUAAAAGGAUCCACACAGGAGAGAAGCCAUAUAGAUGCAUUGAGUGUGGAAAGAGCUUUGCUCAGAAGGGUAAUUUUAAUUCCCAUAAAAGGAUUCACACAGGGGAGAGGCCAUAUAAAUGCAUGGAGUGUGGAAAGGGCUUUACUAAUAGCAGUCAGCUUAAUUCUCAUAAAACGAUCCACACAGGAGAGAAGCCAUAUAAAUGCAUGGAGUGUGGAAAGGGCUUCAGUGAAAAUGGGUCCCUUAUGAGACAUAAAAGGAUCCACACAGGGGAGAAGCCAUAUAAAUGCACGGAGUGUGGAAAGGGCUUCAGUGAAAAAGUUUCCCUUAUGAGACAUAAAAGGAUCCACACAGGGGAGAAGCCAUAUAAAUGCAUGGAGUGUGGAAAGACCUUUAUUCAGAGUGGUCAACUUACUCACCAUAAAAGGAUCCACACAGGGGAAAAGCCAUAUAAAUGCAUGGAGUGUGGGAUGGGCUUCAGCCAACUCAGAAAUCUUACUUCCCAUAACUGGAUCCACACAGGAGAGAAGCGAUAUAAAUGCAGAGAGUGUGGGAAGGACUUUAUUCAGAGGAGUCAUCUUAAUUCCCAUAAAAGGAUCCACACAGGAGAGAAGCCAUAUAAAUGCAUGGAGUGUGGAAAGAGCUUCAGUGAAAAUGGGUCCCUUACAUCUCAUAAAAGAAUCCAUACAGGGGAGAAGCCAUAUAAAUGCAUAGAGUGUGGCAAGGGCUUCAGUGAAAAUGGGUCCCUUAUGAGACAUAAAAGGAUCCACACAGGGGAGAAGCCAUAUAAAUGCAUGGAGUGUGGAAAGGGCUUCAGUGAAAAUGGGUCCCUUAUGAGACAUAAAAGGAUCCACACUGGGGAGAAACCAUAUAAAUGCACAGAGUGUGGAAAGACCUUUAUUCAGAGCGGUAUCCUUACUCAACAUAAAAGGAUCCACACAGGGGAGAAGCCAUAUAAAUGCACAGAGUGUGGGAAGACCUUUAUUCAGAGUGGUCAACUUACUUGCCAUAAAAGGAUCCACAUAGGGGAGAAGCCAUGUAAAUACAUGGAGUGUAGAAAGUGACCUAAUUUCCCAUACCCAAUUCCAGUUGUGUGAGAAUCCAUGUAAAUUCUAGAUUUAGUUGGUUAAAUCUUUGCAUUAACUAUUUAUGUAUUCUGAACUAGGAAAACAAGUGGGUUUUUUUGAGUCUGACCCUCAGAACUGGCAGCCCCAGGGAGAUGAAUUUACCAAUGAACGCAAAAGCAAUGAGCACAUGCCAUUUUAAUUAUGAAUUGUGGAUUUUCGGAGGUACUGUCAUUUGAAGGUGGCCAAUGC